GGUGAACAGGAGGAGGCGGAGGUGGAGGAGAAGUGGCAGAGGCGGAGAGGAAAGAGAGAGAGGAGAUGGCGGGAGGAGGCGGACGGGAGGCGGACAGAAGCCAAGGGGAGAUAGGGGAUCGCAAUGGCGGGACGGAGGUGGGCGGAGAUGGACAGGAGGUCGGCGCUGGCCACGGGGAGGUGGACCCACACCGCAGCAGAACGGAUGCCAAAGCUGAGGUGGAGGAGAAGUGGGCGGAGGCAGAGAGGAGAUGGCGGGAGGAGGCGGCACAGACGGAGAGGGGAUGGAGGGAGGAGGCGGAUGGGAGGUGGCGGCGGCGGAGAGGUGACGGCGGGAGGAGGCGGAUGAGAGGUGGUGGAGGCGGAGGAGAAGUGGCAGAGGCGGGGAGGAAAGCAAGAGAGGAGCUAGCAAGAGGAGGCGGACGGGAGGUGGCAGAGGUGGAGAGGUGAUGGCGGGAGGAGAUGAUGGGAAGAGGCGGACGGGAGGUGGCGGAGGCGGAGGAGAAGUGACGGAGGCAGGUAGGAAAGUGAGAGAGGAGAUGGCGGGAGGAGGCGGACAGGAUAUGUCGGCCCUGCAAUGGGCCAAUGGCCAGCAGGUGUCGGGGCGAUUCUUUUACAACGGGGGCGACAAUCUAGGCCGCCCGUGGUACUGCCGGGUCGAUGGCUUAGAUCGCCCAAUGAUCUU